AUGAUUUCUUCUUCCUUGCUCCUAAUCAUAAUCUGCAGCCUGGCGGCAGAGAUUCAUGUGAACGUGGUUCCGGCCGCGGCCACGUACGAGCAUGAAGAGAUGACGAUGAUGAACCCGGUGGUGGAGAUGUCGAGCAGGGAGGAGCUGGUGGAGAUUGCGGGAUAUGGAGAGGAGCAGCUUUCAAAGGUUAUUGUUGCCGGGAAACUGGUUUGCCAUGAUGCUUGUGCCCUACUUCUCGAUCCUCAUGCACAACCUUACCCUGUCUCUGGUGCAUCAGUAGCUGUUAUGUGUGGCAAUCACAACAAUAUUGGAGGAAGAAGAUCAUCAAAGAAGUCAUGGGCAAGAGGCACAACUGAUGAAUACGGCGAUUUCCUUAUUCACCUUCCCUCUCAUCUCCAUGCCCACCCUAAUCUUGAGCAAGCUUGCCUCCUCAAAGUACUCAGCCUCCCAAAACACUCCCAAUGCAGGCAUGCUUUCAGAGGCAAACACAAAGGAAUCUCCUUGCGAACCAUCGAUGAUGCCGGGUCCCGCACUUACACCACCGAUACCAUCAACUUGACUACCACCAAUAGACCUUCGGGUACAUUAUGCAGGAAGAAUCGGUCCAAGAAUUCCAGGAAACACACAUACUGA